AAAUCCUUUUUUUUUUUUGCAGUAAACCCUAAUUUCACAAAUUGAGCUCUCUCCCUCGAUCAAAAGCUCGUAUGUUACGUUUAAGCCUCUUUUUGGUGUACUGUUAGGCUCCUUAAAUGGCAGACAAUAAUGUAUCCGAGGAUGAAACCACCAUGAAGCAACAUGAAACGGUCGAUGAGAUGCUUGCUAGGCACAGGCAAGAGAUAAAACAACUACAGAACAAGGAGACGGAGUUGAAAAAGGCUGCUGCUAAAGGAAGCAAAGCCGAGCAGAAAGCUAAGAAGAAGCAAGUCGAAGAAGACAUCUCCAAACUCUCCACAAAGCUCAAGGAGAAACAGCUGAAAGAGCUCGCCUCCCAAGGUUUCAGCAGCACUAGUAGCAGCAGUGGCAACAUCUCCAAGGACGAGACGAAUGAGAAGAAAGGAGAUAUCGACACUCUAGUGAGAGCCAUCGCUGGAGUCUCAGUCACUGCUCAGCAAGAACACUCAAAGCCGAGCAAGAGCGUGAAGAGGCGCGAGAAACGAGCUAAAGAAGAAGCCGACAGAGAGCAGAGAAUCAAAGAGGAGCAGAGCAAUGUGACAAGUGAUCGUAUGGUCGAGAACCAAAAGCUCGACAAGAAGCUUAAACCCCUGGGGCUAACCGUCAGCGAGAUAAAACCAGACGGGCAUUGCCUUUACAGAGCAGUAGAGAACCAGCUCGCCAAUCUCUCAGGCGGUGCGUCUCCUUACACGUACCAGAAGCUCAGAGAAAUGGCUGCUUCGUACAUGAGAGAGCACAAAACAGAUUUCAUCCCCUUCUUCUUAUCAGAAACCGAGUCUGAAUCCGAGUCUGCGGAGGAGCGGUUUGAGAAAUACUGCAGAGAAGUUGAGUCAACGGCGGCCUGGGGUGGUCAGUUGGAGCUAGGGGCGUUGACGCAUUGCUUGAGGAAACACAUAAUGGUGUUUUCAGGAUCGUUUCCUGAUGUUGAAAUGGGCAAAGAGUAUAAGUCCAGCAAUGACUCCAGCCUCAUGUUAUCGUAUCACCGGCAUGCUUUUGGGCUCGGUGAACAUUAUAACUCUGUCGUGCUCGUCAAGAACAUGACUGGAUGAUGAGCUUUGGCGACUACUUUUGUUUGUAUCUUUAAUGUUUCUUGAUCUCUUGGCUACCCUGUAACUUUAAUUUUUCCUUUGUGCAACUGGAGAAGCAUACUUUGUUCUAAUACAGUUCCAAGUUUUCAUUACA